UUGGGGCGUUGCGUGGCCUGUCAUUGGCAGUUGCUUUGCUGCCGGGAUCAGCAACCGGCAUCAGUGUUCACAGGAGUGGAUGGAUAUCGAGGGUACCUGUGGGUCCUGUAGGGAUGGUUGGCUAUGACCCGGAUUCCGAGUGCUCGUCCCUUUCAACAGGGGAAAUAGCAGCAGCAGGAUCCGCAUCUGGGUUGGUCACUCGGGCAAUGAUCGGCCCCUUUGAUGUCUUAAAGAUCCGUUUCCAGCUUCAGAUAGAGCAACUUUCUGCCAGAAAUCCACAAGCUAAGUAUCAUGGUCUUUGGCAGGCCAUUUGGAAGAUUUUUCAGGAGGAAGGGCCAACAGCAUUCUGGAAGGGCCAUGUCCCUGCUCAACUCCUCUCAGUUACCUAUGGGGCAGUCCAGUUUGUAAGCUUUGAAUUCCUGACAAAGUUCGUGCAUGAUGGCACAGCGUACGACGCCCGCGACUUCACUGUGCACUUCGUCUGUGGUGGAUUAGCUGCUUGUGCCGCCACAGUGACAGUUCAGCCCCUUGACACACUGCGCACUCGCAUGGCUGCCCAAGGUGAGCCAAAGAUUUACAGGAACCUCCGCCAUGCUGUGUUAAGCAUGUACCAGACAGAAGGGCUGCGGACUUUUUAUCGGGGGCUCAGCCCUACUAUCAUUGCUAUUGUCCCCUAUGCUGGCUUCCAGUUUUCCUUUUAUAAUUUCCUGAAGAAGCUGUAUGACUGGAUCGUUCCAAAUGAAGAAAUGAAAAAAGGUAAUGUAAAAAACUUUGUGUGCGGCAGCUGUGCUGGAGUCCUCAGCAAAACCCUCACCUAUCCUUGCGACCUGUUCAAGAAACGACUGCAGGUGGGCGGCUUUGAGCAAGCCCGGGCAGCCUUUGGGCAGGUGCAGACCUACACAGGUUUAAUAGACUGUGCCCGACAGAUAGCACAGCAUGAGGGAGCCAUGGGAUUCUUCAAGGGCCUCUCCCCGAGCUUGCUGAAGGCUGCUUUCGCGACGGGCUUCACCUUUUUCUGGUAUGAGCUCUUCUGCGGCUUCCUGCGUAACCUGAAGGACUCCAGUGGCUCUAAGAAGUAGGAAGGCUGAUGUAAGCAAGAGCUGCAGUCUGCAGUGAAUGUUAUGGAGAUGUCAUUCUGUCUGCCUUGCCAUCAUACUUGCGGGACCGAGGGGUGUCAGGAGAAUGUGGAUGGGUUUGUGGAGUUAUCUCUGCCGAAGUCCAGGAUGUAAUCCGUUUGGCUCUGUCAAAAGCACUUCUGGCCUGAGCUUCCUGUCUGCAGCAGCUGCAUUGAGCACUUUCUGUCAGGCAUUGACUCAUGGAGUCAAUAUUCUACAGAUAUUCCCACUGAGGCUGUCUGACUUAGCACAGUUCACUCAAACCAUGGAGAAUAUUCUUGCCUCAUUUGCAAAGCUCUGUCUGCUCUUCCUGUGACUGAGGCCUUUCUAGCGGCUUUGAGUCAGCCCCUAGUCAAAGUGCCCAUGCCCCCUUUAAAAAAACCCCCUCUCCCGGGGGGCCAGUCUCCCUCCAAUUGCCCCUGCAGUCAGCUUUGUGGCUGGUCAGACUUCUCCAGCAUUGCUGUUUUGCAGAGUUUAUAGGAAACCAAUGCUGGCUGUUUCUUGCUGCAGGCAUUUUCUUAGGGGUGUGUGUGUGUGUGUGUUUAUGCCUGCCUGCCUGCCUGCCUGCCUAGCCAGUUCGUAGUUUGGUGGUUCUGCACAGGCAAUGCUAGCGUCAUGCCAUCUCCAUUCCCUGCCCUUACCUCUCAGCGAUGGUCUUAGAGGGCUCCACGGUAUCACAGGAGUUCCACAGCGAUGAAGCAAACAGUCAAAAUAGAUAGUGUGCUGCCUGCACAGCUAUCUCAGGGCCCAUCCAUCUGGCAGUUUUAGGGAAGAAUGGGUGUGUAUCUGCUGCCCACCAGUCUUCUGUGCUGGCAGUUCCAUGGGUGCUUGUGUUUUCUAUACGUUCCCCUGCCCCCCAUCUUGUUACUGCCACUCCAAACUGCCAGUGUGACAGGCCCACAAUUGAGGUACUUAUGUUUUGACAGUACCAACAUCUGCACUCCUAGCUUAACCCAUAAAUGCUGAAUGUAGAACUCCUGAUCUAAAUGGUUCAAAGUUGUCUUCUGGACAUACCUUGUCUUUUACUUUUGAUCAAUAAUGAAGAAAAAUGCCUGUCAAUACUAAUAUUAGCACAUUUUAAUCCAUAGUUUAAUGACUGCUAUCAAAUUAUUUUAUUCCUCCUGGCAGUUCAUCUCAAGACAAAGCUUCAAGCACAGCUGAAAGAGAUACUUCUUUACAGCAAACUCCCCAAAAGCUAGCAUUUACCGUAGCAAAUGAAGAGCUAAAUGGGACCAUUUGUCCAGUUGAACUUGUCCGGUCUUAGGUAUGAAAGAACCUGCAAGGAAAACCAGCCUGGAAACAUCUCUGUGCAAUCCAGUGCAGGUAUACUUGGAAGUAAGUUCCACUGCAUUCCGUGGGACUUACUUCUUGGGAAGUGCGUCUAGGAUUGCAGCCUGAGUGUAUGUCUCGGGCCCUGAGGGAUUAAAGGUUGGUGCUAUAUUCUUGGAAGGACAGAAUUCAUGUUCUAACCCGCCAAUCGUUUUCUUGGGCCGUUGGUAGGCGCUCUGUCCUCUUCAUUAAAGGCAUAGUAACAUUUAGGCUCAUGGGUUUGCUUGAAGUCUCUAUCCUCAUAAACUGGAUGCACUUGUGCGAAUUCAGUUUUGCCUGCUGUAAAAGAUGUAUGCACUUUUCCUAGUCCCAUUUCAGUUUACGGCAAGAAGAUUUCUCAUCCCCUUUAGGCACCUGUGUACUAGUAUAAGUGGAGCAUGCACUGUAGUUUUGGUGAUUUUAUUUUUAUUUAUUUAGAUAUUUUUAUUUCCCCCCCCCGCCCCCCCAGGCAGAAUAGGGAGAGUGAACCCUAUGCAGCCUCACAAGUUGAGUUGCUGACUGAGAUCUAAUGCAAACCAUCCACCUUUCUCACUAGGCAGAUUGUUUGACUUUCCAUCCUAUGACCACCCCUCACAAUGGAGCAGCACAUUUUCAUCCACAUCCCAAUUUGAAAGGCACAGUAGAAGAAAAUGUACCCAUGUUCCCAUCUGCCACAGCAUAAGAUCAAUGUAAGCAAGGCCUCAGGAGGGAAGGGAGAGAAGAGAGCGCAAGUGUAUUAAAGGGAUUCUUACAAAAUCUUCAGAGCCAACAGGGUGGAUCUUAUUUCUGGGGCUGUCAGGUCAUGCUGGAGCCAUAUUAUUUAGAGGCAUAGAAAUUAGAAACCAGAAAGAUCCUUCAAGUCACCUUCUCCUUCCUACCAACAAGACAGGGUUCAUCUUUGUGCACUUGCCUGCAUUUAUUUAUGUAAAUGACGUGAGGGUCAUAUCCCAGCUACUGAGUAUUGUUGGAAGAGAAUUGGACUGUACAGCACGAGUUACCUACGCCAAGAAUAAUAGUUUGUUUGCACUUCCUCAAGUGUUUCCAUUGGGCAGGCUGGUUCUUUCUUCAACGAUUGGGACUGGCUAGUUGAUUCAAACUCUUUUAUAGCAUUUACUUGAGGUGGAGCUACAUCUGCACAACCGACUAGAAGACACCUCUUCAGUAAGAUCCAUAAUCACACUCUUUGACCGGCCUGAUAUCGUGACAGCAACCAAAGGGAGGAAGCUCUGGAGAGACAUUUGGUUUACUGGCUAGUGUUUAUGAAUAUGAGGUUUCUACUCUGAUAUAAUCCAGUGCCCUUUAACUCACCCUCCAAUCUGCUUAGUUAUGUAGGUUAAAUGUAAUCUUGUGCCUUAUGCCACCUCCACAUCCAGAUGCACUUUACUAAGCAGAGCCUUAAAAGUCCAGCUGUUUACUGGGUGUCAUGGCAUCAAUAGCUCAUCUCUCCACACAUCCAGACAGUAGUUGAAAGCUGGAGUCUUGGACCCCUGUACCUUUGAGAACUCGACUUAGAUAUCUCUAAUGUACUCCUGUAAUGUAAUAUUUUUUUAUUUCCAAUAGAUUCAAUGAUGUGAGUUGCACAUCUUGGUUUGUGCUUCUUGGGAUGCUUUUUGAGGACUCUGUUUGCAUGUACAAGCACAAGAGACUAAUGUUUCAGGAUCAGUCACUGAGAUGGUUGUUCAACUCUCUUGCAUCAAAUCUUAACCCAUUACAACAUUUGUAUUUUUCAUAUAACACAUAUUUUUCAAGGGCACGGCUUAUGAGGAUUUGGACCAACCUCAGUUUUUCACCCUGUAUGGAAGAUGUGUUUCUCUUGGAAGAGUAAUAAAUAUAUUUAUCAGA